GGGAGCGUUUGCAGAGCGCGUCUCUGACGUCAGAGUCCAUUACCGCUUCUCAUUGGGUCUCAUAUUCCCACAGCCUGGGCUAAUUAUUGGGAGGUUCAUGUGGAUAAAGUACAGCUCAGCCCUCCCUUCACAUCAUGUCCCCUACUCGUUGGCCACACUCACUGCAUGCUUUUUAAAUUCCCAUCACCGGCCUCCAGACGUCGUUUCCUUUUGCCUGCGGGAUGAUGGACAGCAGGAUACUGGAUCCACCUCACGCCCAGUUCGGAGGCUCUCUCGGCGGGAUGGUGGGCUUCCCGUACCAUCUGGGCCACCAUCACGUUUACGAAUUAGCCGGGCAUCAACUUCAAUCUGCGUCCGCGGUUCCUUUCUCAAUAGACGGAUUACUAAAUGGUUCCUGCACGGCUUCAGUGGGUAAUUCCAACCCCCUCUUGUCUUCGGGCUGCGGGAUGAAUGGAGAUAAUCAGCAGUACAAACUGACAGACUCGGGGGACCCAGACAAAGAUAGCCCUGGUUGCAAGAGACGAAGAACUCGCACAAAUUUCACUGGUUGGCAGCUGGAGGAAUUAGAAAAGGCUUUUAAUGAGAGCCACUAUCCCGAUGUGUUCAUGAGGGAGGCAUUGGCUCUACGGUUGGACUUGAUAGAAUCAAGGGUUCAGGUAUGGUUUCAGAAUCGCAGAGCCAAAUGGAGGAAAAAGGAGAACACAAAGAAAGGUCCAGGUCGACCUGCACACAACGCCCACCCCACCACCUGCAGCGGGGAGCCCAUGGACCCCGAGGAGAUCGCCCGGAGAGAGCUGGACCGGCUAGAGAAGAAGAAACGAAAGCAGGAGCGCCGGCUGCUCAAGUCCCAGAACAGGCUCUCUUCUUCGGAUUUAUUUCACACCCCGGGAUCAGACAGCGACAGCGGGACGUCGCAUGUGACCGACAGUGACCACAACACGGGCCCGCCUUAUGACACUGUGGGGGGAAACCAAUCCAGUUGUGACCAAUCACCUCACCCUCUCCAGUCCCAAAAUCAGAACCAAAGACACUUGGACCGGGAUGCUGGCGGAUCCGAGCUGGACUCGCCCGACGCCAGCCACCGGUCAAGCCUGUGCUCCAACAACAACAGAGCCUCCAGCCUGCAGAAACUCAACCCUUUUAGCGUCGAGAGCCUCCUUUCGGACUCCAGACCGAGACGCAACCCCGCGGCCUUACCCUCCUCUCGGCCUUUGAUAGGGAAAGGACACUUCCUACUGUAUCCCAUCACACAGCCGCUUGGAUUCAUUGUUCCUCAAACUGCUCUGAAGACAACAACAGCAACAAACUCUGACAGUGGCGCUGACAACCCGGCGGAGAGAAACCAGCCCGGUGUCCGCUGCAGCUUCUCUGCGAGCUCUGCGGGAUGUAGGAGCAGCUCGCCGGACUGUGCAGACGCCACACAAAAGGGACAGGUGGGAUCAAAGGAAAAGACCAGUUCACCGCACACCAGCCCGUCCAGGGCCGCCUUUACCAGUGGCAAAAGUACUCACACUUCUGUUAUUUGCAGCGAUUCGACUUUCGCCCACGAACACGGUCCACAAGUCAUUAAGCCUGUCGAUGCAGACAGAAAAGAUCAUUUAGAGAGCAAGGACAACCCAGAGUCUGUCCUCAGUGACAGUCCAGCAGACACAAAGACAGACCCUAAAGAAGAUGUCGACAUGGAAUAAAUCCUCCGGGGGUAAAAAAACAAACAAACAAACAAACAAAACAAAACAAAAAAGAAAGAAAGCAGAAACUGAUAUAGCCUCUAAACGACACCUUUCAUUAGGCCAAAGCUUAACGAGAAACUACAUCUUUGCAUCUAAUCUUCUAGAUUUUCCCCACUCUGCUGAUAGUUUGACAAUGGUGUGCUCUCUCUCUCUCUCUCUCUC